CCCCCCCCUGCUCUAAUCGACGGAGAGGGGAGGAGGAGGAGGAGCAUCACAACGCAGCCUGAAGGACGCAGAGCUGCGACUCGGAACCGGGCUGAGAAAGCGAAUCUAGUCGGUACCGGUCCAGUGCGAUGAUCAAAUAUCCCGGAUGUGGAGAAGCAGCGUCUUGUAGUUCUACGUGAGGGCUGACGUAUUUAAAUGUGAUGUAGCGGUGAAGAGAGGUCGCUGACGGACUGUGCGUAAUGCUGAGUGGACAGCAGUAUUUCUCUUUUCCAGCCCAGACGGUUCUAUUGACAGGACGUUCGCACUUCUUCUGCAGUGCAGCUCCUUAUUACUACCAGAUGCUCUCCGCCGGACCGGACCCGUUCACUUUCAUGCCGUCCAACCCGACCGGAGCCGGAGCCUGAGCCGAAGGAUGCAGGUUAAAAACCAGAUCUGCACCGAGCGGAGCAGCACUACCGACGACCCGGAGCAGGAUGACAACCAGAAGAAGACCUCGUGUUUCUCCAACAUUAAGAUCUUCCUGGUGUCGGAAUGUGCGCUCAUGCUGGCUCAGGGCACCGUGGGAGCUUAUCUGGUGAGCGUCCUGACCACACUGGAGAGACGCUUCAACCUCCAGAGCGCCGAUGUGGGCGUCAUCGCCAGCAGCUUUGAAAUUGGCAACCUGGCCCUCAUCCUGUUCGUCAGCUAUUUCGGCGCCAAGGCCCACAGGCCGCGCCUGAUUGGCUGCGGAGGGAUCGUCAUGGCGUUGGGGGCUCUGCUGUCGGCCCUGCCGGAGUUCCUGACUCAUCAAUACGAGUACGAGGCCGGGGACUCGUGGCACGCCGAGGACGGCAGGGACGUCUGCUCAAACAUCACGCGGUCAGAGAACAGAGACUCGGGCUUUAAAUGUGGAAACAGAGCCAACACCAACAUGAUGUACCUGCUGCUGAUUGGAGCUCAGGUCCUGCUGGGCAUCGGAGCCACGCCCGUCCAGCCUCUGGGCGUGUCCUACAUCGACGACCACGUGCACAGGAAGGACUCCUCGCUCUAUAUAGGUAUUUUAUUUUCCACGUUGGUGUUCGGCCCGGCCUGUGGCUUCAUCUUAGGUUCUGUCUGUACCAAAGUCUACGUGGACGCAGUCUUCAUCGACACCAGUAAGCUGGACAUCACCCCCGAUGACCCUCGCUGGAUCGGGGCGUGGUGGGGCGGGUUCCUCCUAUGCGGUGCCUUACUCUUCCUGUCGGCCCUCUUCAUGUUCGGGUUCCCUCAGGCGCUCGAUGAGCAGGACCUGGACGGGGGAGGGGAGAGCGAGCAGGCCAUGCUGCCCCCCCCCCUCUCCAUGGAGUACCAGGGCGCCAAACCCAACGGCGCCAUCCACGGCUUCGACAUCAACAGUGGACUGUCCGUGUGUGAGCACCUGAGAGUGAUCCCGCGGGUGACCAGGCACCUCCUCUCCAACCCUGUGUUCAGCUGCAUCACGUUGGCGGCGUGCAUGGAGAUCGCCGUGGUCGCCGGCUUCGCUGCCUUCCUGGGAAAAUACCUGGAGCAGCAGUUUAACCUCACCACCUCCUCAGCCAAUCAGCUGCUAGGUAUGACCGCCAUCCCCUGCGCGUGUCUGGGGAUCUUCCUGGGGGGGCUGCUGGUGAAGAAGCUCAACCUGUCGGCUCUGGGAGCGGUCCGCAUGGCAAUGCUGGUCAACCUGGUGUCCACCGCCUGCUACGUCUCCUUCCUCUUCCUGGGCUGUGACACCGGGCCUGUUGCCGGGGUGACCGUCGCCUACGGCAACGAGACGUUGAAGUCGUGGCAGCGGCCUGAGUCGGCGUGCAUCAACAACUGUAACUGCUACACGGCGUCAGUGAGCCCCGUCUGCGGGUCCAAUGGAGUCACCUACCUCUCAGCCUGCUUCGCUGGCUGCACCAAACCAAACCUGACCGGCUGUACGUGCAUAUCCAGCUCCAGUGAGGACGCCGUGGCUCUUCCAGGAAAGUGUCCGAGUCCGGGCUGUCAGCAGGCCUUCCUCACCUUCCUCUGUGUCAUCUGUGUGUGCAGCAUGAUCGGAGCCAUGGCCCAGACGCCCUCUGUCAUCAUCCUCAUCAGAACUGUAAGUCCAGAGCUGAAAUCGUACGCACUCGGAGUUCUGUUUCUGCUCCUGAGACUGAUCGGGCUUCAUCCCCCCCCUCUGAUCUUCGGGAUGGGCAUCGACUCAACCUGUCUGUUCUGGAGCACGGUGUGCGGGGAGAAGGGCGCCUGCAUGCUGUACGACAACGUGGCCUACAGGCACCUUUACGUCAGCAUCGCCAUCGUCCUCAAGACGUCCGCCUUCGUCCUGUACGCCACCACGUGGCAGUGUUUGAGGAAGAACUACAGGAAGUACAUCAAGAACAGCGAGGGGUAUCUAACGCCCACCGAACUCUUCGCCUCCAACGUGACUCUGGACAAUCUGGGCAAAGAGAUCAGCCAGAACCCGGCCAACAGGACAAAGUUCAUUUACAACCUGGAGGAGCACGAGAUGUGUGACAACAUGGAGUCGGUUUUAUAGUGACGAGUGACGAGUGACGAGUGACCCGCUGGCUUUGAAAGAAUGUUCUCUCCUUAAAUACAGAUUCUCCCACAGAAAGAGUUUAGAUUCAUCACCACAGGUUAUUUCAUUAUCACAGUUCAUUUUAUCCAAUGAGUCGUUCUCAGGUCCAGAUAUCAGAAUGAAACUGUUCAGAGGUCAGAGGUCAUCCUCUGAACGUCUGCUCGCUCUCAGUCAGAGACGACCUGGAAUUAUAAACGUCAGACAUGUUGGAUAUUUAUGAUUCUAGAUCAGGGAGGCUCCGGCUCACACCUGAGGAUUAGGCCCUGCCCCCUGAUGGUUGAGGUCGGAGCAGCGGUCCCUCACUCAGACUUGAUC